AUCGAAUCUUCAAGGGAAGGUCAUAACGCCGGUAGAAUUUUCAUUCCGUCAAUCUCGAGAACAAAACCUCGAACCGCCGUUCAGUAAAGUCUGAUUAAUUGGUCAAUGUGACGGUAACAAUUUCGGGUUACGAUACUCAACCUGUUUGAAUGAGCUGCAGCACUGUAAUUAUCGUUGAUACCUGGCGCGUGUUGCAUCGUUUAAGUAAUUUCCACUGAAAGAAAGGAAGAAAAAAUGCCAGAAUGCCAAUUAUAUAUUUCCCUUGCAAUACUUUUCACGAUACUCACGCAGUUCGUUUCCAGUCAGAAACCAAGUUUCACUUGCGGCGUCAAAGAUUCAAUACAUUUGCACAAGUUUAACUUCACUGAGCUAUCGAGCUCGGAUAUAACGAUCUACGAUCAGUCUGAGGGCGAAAAUAUAACUCUACGUCUUUGUUCGCCUCUGUCGCAAACCUGCGCUGGAAGUCACGAUUACAGUAUAUGUUUGCGCAAGCAGGGAACAGAAGUAGGACUGGGAAAAUUUCCUCCGUUGUUGGUGAACAAUCAUACAUCAAUGUUCAAUUUCACGGGUGACCUGUGCAGCAAUUCCAGAAAUUAUACAGUUUUGAUUGUUAUGAAAUGCGACUAUACCGCUAUCGACACUACAAGUCCUCAACUAAUUCCAAAAGGAAAAGAUGAUCAGUGCACAACAUACUUUAUAUGGAAUACUAAAUGGGCUUGUAACGAAGCAGUAAAAGCAAAUUGCACAGUUGUCGAUGAUCGUAACAAUCUAUACGAUCUUAGUUCGCUAACAGCAUAUAAGAAUAAUUAUGUCGUUGACAUUGGUGGCAAGGGAAACUUGACAAUGAAUAUCAAUGUAUGUCAUUCGGUUAUACAUGAAUCUGGAUCAGAAUGUUAUGGAACAGCUGGAGCAUGCUUAGAAGUACAUUCGAACGACUCGAGUAAUCCCAAGUACAUUAAUUACGGUGAAGUAAAUCACCCUCUCACCAUUAACAAUGGUAAUUUGGAAAUUGUAUACACAAGCGGUCACUUAUGCAAAGACGAAACAGAAGACUCACUUUGGACGAUUAUAACUUUCAUCUGUGAUCCUGAAGCUACUGAGCACACCGUGCCAGAGUAUAAGAACAAUACAUCCUGCAAGUAUGAAUUUGUAUGGAAAACAUCUCUUGCCUGCAACAAAACGUACUUAAAACAAAAUGCUGCAAAGUGCAAAGUAACAAAUCCUCGGACAAAAUUCACUUACAACUUGGAAGUGUUGAUGAAUAGUGAUGUUACGACAAACACAUCCGAUGGUACUCAAUAUAAACUUCAAAUAUGUGGUUCACUCCGUGACAGUAAAUGUCCAAAAGGAACAGGAGUGUGUAAUACUAAAGACUCGAUAUCAGUUGGUAUGGCUAAUGGUAAUCUUAUGUGGCAACAUGGCGGUCCUUAUCUUAAUUAUACCAACGGAGCGAUAUGCGAAAACGGUCAAAACCAUUAUACUCUUAUCGCAUUCGUUUGUGGCGCUGAAGGUUCAACUGGUUCACCAAUCAUAGUAAAAAAAAAUACGUGUUCUUUGAUCAUACACUGGUACACUAGCCUGGCAUGUGAAAACAAGCUGACAUGUGUUGAAAAGCAAACGAACUUACUUCCAUUGAUACAAACUUCGAAAAAUUAUGUGGCCAAGGGAAUGGAUACGGAGUUUCACAUAAAUAUAUGCCGUCCUAUAGUUCCCACUCCAGGAUUGGCCUGUCCACCUGGUAGCGCUGUUUGUCAAGCUGUACGUACCUCCGAAGGACAAUAUACCAAUGAAACCAGUCUAGGUUUUCCUGAUGAAAAGACAGUUCUCCUUGACAAUCAAAAUGUUAUUUUGAACUACACUCAGGGCUCGCCGUGCCCUGAAAAUCCUCAGAAAAAUUUAUCUUCAUCUUUCAAAUUUUCUUGCAACUACAAUGGUGAUCACGGAUCACCAGAAUUUGAAAAUUACUCAAAUUGUCACUUCAGUUUUAUAUGGAAAACCAAUAUUGUAUGCGGCACGUUGAUUGGAGUUUGGGUUCCACCAUGUGUGGUCCAAGAUGAAACUCACGUGAACAAAGUGGAUCUAUCUCUGCUAUAUCCAAAGCCAGUCCCGCGUAUAGUGGCCGGAACAGGAAAGAACUACAGCAUAAGCAUUUGUGGCGGAAAGGAUCAUUGCAAUGGGUCGGCAGUUUGUCAGGGUACAAAUGGCUAUGGUACUAUCACCAAUGUUAUGUUUGACUACGACAAUAAGGCGAUAAAACUCCUGUAUGGGAAUGGUUCGAAAUGUUCCAAUAAAGUCUAUACAUCGGAAUUAUCGUUGAUCUGCAAUGAUAGCGUUGGAAUUGACAAUGGGCCGAAGCUGCUUUUGGAUGCCAACUGCAUGGCAUCUUUUGAGUGGCAUACGAAAAUCGCCUGUCCUUCAGAAGUUCCUGUGCUCAAGUCGGGGACUUCCAAUGAUCCUGUGUCUACAACUGAGACGACACCAGCCCGGGAAUCGUUAUGGGAAAGCGACGCAGCUAUUCAAACUUGGGCAAUUGUCUCCGCGUUGUUCCUGGUCACCGUCGUCCUGAUCGCGUGGUUCUACAUGCGAAAUCCUCGGUGGUGCUUCGAUCUUCGGUAUCGUAUAAGUGCGAUCACUGCUUCACGAAACCACAGCCGGGUCCAAUAUUCGAGGGUAAACACAACAGAAGAGGCUCAUUUAUUAUUGGAUACAUCAGAUCCAUGCGGAGAUGGGCAAAUUGAUAGCGACGAUGAGCUGUUGGGUGUCUAGUC